AAAUACGUUUAUUUAUAUUUGAUAUAAAAACAAAAUUAUACACAUUGAAUAAAAACGAAUAGAGAUGGAAGAAAACUUUUCUAGAAUUCGGAGGGAAUUGGAUUCUCUUGGAUAUUUCCAAAUGCUUUCUUUAGAUAGUAUUCCUUUAGUUGAUAAGUUGUUAGAUGAUUUGAAAACCACUACUGUUAGUCUACAGAAAUAUAUGAGAUUAGCUCAAACAGCUACUAAGGAGAAAGAGGAUUUAGAACUUUGUUUGGGACCCCGAAAAUUUGAUAACACAAAGUUGUUGAGAGAGUGUAAUGAUUUGCAUUUGACUUAUACAAAUUAUAGAAGUCAAAAAGAAAGAGAUAUUAAAGAAUUAAGAAAUAAAGUACUUUUUUUGAAUGAGCAGAAUAAUAAAUUAGUGUUGGAAAAUGAAAAACUAAGGACAAGUUUAAGAGAAACUGAAUUAGAUCUGAUGAAAGCAGGAACAGUACCAAAAAAAUCUCAAUCAGUUAGUAAAGGGGGCAGUAAGCCACAAUGUCCCAGUAACUAUUCAUCCCCAGAUGAAGAUCUUCAACGAGAAAAUUUGGAAAUACGUCAUGAGCUGAAUGAAUUAAAGAAAGAACUAAAAAACCUACAGUGCAAAUGCCGUCAAUUGGAAUCACUUGAAGAUUCAGACCAAGAAGAAUUGGGGGAAGAAGAAAUAAGCAAGAAAGGUGGUAUAGACUAUAAAUAUCCGGAAGAUAAAAUUCAAAGACUAGAGAAUGAAAUUCACAGCUUAAAAAGGGAAAAAAACGAUCUAGAAAAUAAUUACAAAGAAGCACUUUCGAAACAACACGAGGCCAUGAAAAGGGCCAUUCAUUUAGCCGAAAGAAAUAAAGAAUUAGAAAAAGAAUUGAAGGACAUCGAUCAAAUGGCAAUAGCUGUAGAGGAGGAAUGUAAUGAUGCCGUAAAAACUAAAACACAAAAAUUGACUAAGGUAGAAAUGGCGUUGAAGGACUCGUUGCAAGAAAUUCAAACACUGGAAAGGACCAUAGCCGGAAUGAAGAAGGAGAAACACCAACUGGAUUUGAAUAAUGAUAUCUUGAGAACGGAAAAGAAGAGGAUGCAGGAAAUGGUUGCAGAUAUGGUGAAGGAAAAAUCAGAAGUAUUGGAACAAGUGGACAGUUUGAAAUUAAUAGAGCAUGAUUUGAACAUGGAGAUAGACAGAUUGAUACAGGAAAGUUCUUCGCAAAAACGUGUCAUUGCUGAAUUAGAAAGUAAAAUGGUUAUCGUACAAGCAGCAAUGCCAUACAGAGGGCCCGGAGGAGACACCAUCGUCCAAGCGGUGACAGUGAAAACAGGAAAAGGUAAGGCAGGAAAGAAAAAAGGUGGGAAAAAAGGCGGUAAGAAGGGCAAGAAAGGUAAGAAGGGCGGUAAGAAAGGAAAGGGCAAGAAAAAAUCCCAAACCGGCAGUACCAUAUCCCAAGUUCCCGUCAAUUCCCCCACCGAAGCCGAAAUAGACAAGGCACUGAACGACUUCUUCCCAGUAGAUCGGCCAUGCCCACCGUGCCAACAGCCCCCGAAUAUCAGCCAGAACGUGUACAAACCCUGUCCGGCAACUGUGCCCCCCAAACCGGAUCCCUCGGGAAAGCCUUGCACCUGUGACAUGGUGAACAAGCCUCUAGCCACCUGCGAAUGCAGUUCCAAAAUGCAGUCCAAGUGUUGUGCGGAAAAGGAAACUUACACCGAUUUCAAGAAUGUGUGCCCCGAAAAACAGGACAUAUCGCAUUUCCAAGACAUGAUGAAGAAGGAGAUUGAAAGUUGUCAGUGCGAGAUUAAAAAAGCUCUGCAGAAAGUGACUCAAGAAAGGAAUCAUUACAUGGAGGAAUAUCAUAAGCUGGUGAACCAGAUGUAUCAACAAACUCAGAAUGCUAAAUCUCCAGAGGCAGCUACAUGUCCCAUAUGUCCAAAAACCCGGCAGGUGGUGGAAUUUCUCCAACACGAAAACAGAAUGCUAUCCAAGGAGAAAAUGACCUUAGCGGCAAGAUUGGAACAGACAAGAGUUGAUAAUGAAAUUGUUGGAAAAUGCAAUAAGACUGCCUGCAGGAGAAUUCAAAGAGAAAGAGAUCUGUUCAAAGCCGAUGUAACUAGACUGGAAGAGGAAUGUGACUGUCUCCGGGAUAACAUAAAAGUGUUGUGCGAGGCCAAAGCGAGAGAACACGAGACGUUCACUCAACAAGUCAAUGAUUAUGAACGAAAACUGAAGAAAAUCGAGUCAGAAAGGGGUGAACUGAUGAAUGCCCAAGGUACCAGAAGAGCGCAACUCAACUCUUUGGAGGAAAAGAACGAGCUGAUGAAAGAAGUGCUACGCACCACUCAGGAUGACUUGCAGAAUCAGAAGAUACUCUACAGCCAAUUGAAGUGUUUACACGAUCAAACCGAUAAAGCACUACAUGACACUCAAGCCCAGCUUGUUCAGGUAGAGCAUGAGCUCUCACAAGCCCUUCAAAUAAUAGAUCAGCUCAAAAAUCCUCCGAAUCCUCAAUGUGGUGAAGCCGAUAUCACCACCAUGAAAAGACAACUCAAUAAAUUAGACCAAGAAAAGGAUGAACUUCUGAACAUCGUUGAUUCUAAAACAGAAGAAAUAGACAGUUUGAGAAAGGAUUUGAAGUGUAAAUGCGGCAUCAUCGAUGAACUAAAAGGGAAAAAUGCAGGGUUAAAAGACAAAUUGGGGGAUGUUACUGACAGGGCAGCUUCAAAUGAAGCCUAUUUGAAACAUUCUGAUGCAGAGAUAGCCAGAUUGCGUCAACAGCUAGAAAUAGCAUGUAGAACGCGAGACAAUGCUAUAGAAAUGAAUCGGAAACUUCACGAUGAUCUGUCAUCAGUUUCACGAGAAGCUAAUAACUUCAAAACUCAGCUGACAAAGUCUCAGGAGCAAAUAGAAAAUCUAAAAGUGCAAUCUCAACAAUAUAUAGGCGAAGUGAAGAGAGCUGAAGAUUUGAUAGAUUCAAAAGAAAAAGAGAGAGAAGACUUAUUGAACCAAUUUAAACAGCUAUGUUUAGAAACUAACAAUCUUCAGAGUAGCAACAAUGCUUUGGAGACUGAAGCUAAUCAAAGCAAGGUUCAGUUAUCUGUAGCCAUGGAUCAUGUUCAUGAUUUAGAACAGAGAAGUGAAACACUAGAAACUUUAAUAAACGAUUAUGAGAAACAAAUUGGACUCUUAACAAAUCAAAUUGCUAAAUUUGAGUCUGAACGCAAUCAGCAUAUGAGAUACCAGGAUAGAACAGAAGCUGAACUCAAAUCAGUUCGAGAACUUUGUAUGAAAUUAGAUAGAGAAAAAGAACAGUUGAGAAUACAAUUGUUAACAAAAGAAACUGGAGGAGAUCAAAUCAAAGAUCUUCAAAGGGAGAAUGACAAAUUGAAUGCCAAAUUAACUGAUAGCCAAUCAAGACUUGCUAAUACAGAAAGACUGUUGAAAGAUUCUAGAAAUGAAGGUGUCGAACUGAAACUAAAAGAUGAGGAAGCUCUGAAAGAAAUUAAUACGUUGAAAGGAAGGAUUGAUGAUUUGGAGAAGAGAUUAUAUUUCUGCACCUGUGACGUUUGUUCUGAAAAAUGCAUAGGAGGUAUUGUAUGUGAAAAGCAAUGCAUUAAGGGAUUUCAAGGACAGAAUAAAAAUCAAGGUGGUCCUGACUCUUCCAUAUUUGGAUCUUCGACACCAGGAUCGACAGUUCCCGAUUCUGAUGCAUCACAAAAUGAUGGCACUUUGGUUGCUACUGCACAGGUGCUGGUAACGGAUAGAAGAGGAGAUGAAACUGUGCAACUGAACAUAAGUGAACCACAUUCUUCCAAAAUUUCCAUAUCAUCGAUUAGGCUGUCCGACAGAGACGGAGAACUAUUAGUUGAGAAGAGAUCGUUUAAAGGUGUUAAGGUUGGCAGAUCAACCUCUCCCGUUACAUGCUCUCUGUCUUCUAAAAGUACCAGAGAUGCCAUAUGUGAUUGCAAACUGACCAGUUCCAGCGGUAGCUCAAAUAAAUCUGUAAAUGCGUUAUUGGAAAUGGAUAGACUAAAAACAUCUCUGAAGCAAACAUUGGGUAGAGAUCUUCCGGAAACAUACUGUAAAACAGGUAAAUGCUUCGGGAGUUGUAAAUCAUUCGAUCCACUCAACAAGGUGUGUUGCAAAUCGUUCUCCGAUAAGGAUUUGAGAAGAGGAAAGAGUAGAAGUGAUGAAAAAGACCUCUGUUGUCCUAGUUCUUGUCGAUGUGCCUUAAGUAACUAACAUAAAAUUGUGUAAAAGUGAAUGAGAUGUUUGGUGAAAUUUUUUUUGGGUAACUAGUAAAAGUACUUAGAUCUCAAGACGAAAAUAAUGAGUUCUUUCAAAGAGACUGUUCAAAGUUACCACAAUUCAUUAUUUUCCAAGUAGAAAUAUUUAUAAGAGAUGUAUUGUCCAUUGAUGGAUGUUUCUCAAAGUAUGGAUAAUAUCAAACUUCUAAUAUUGAUUUUAUUUAUUAAUUUAUUGAUAAUGAAUUGAUAUGGAUGAUUUUUGGUGAAUGAAUGUAAAUUUACCAUUGUCGUCCUCGAUUAAUGUGUAAUAUUAAAUAUAUUCAUUUUAUAUAACGAAUAAUGUAAAAUAUAUCUCUUUUAAUUUGUAAUAAUGUAUAAUAUAUAAUUUUAUCUAUA